AUGUAUAAUAACAAUAAAAUACUUCCAAAAUUGUUAUCAGUUAGAGAUUUGAUAAAAAUCUAUGGAUUAAAAUCGAAACACCAAUUGAGUCAAAAUUUUUUACUUGACAAAAAUCUUACAGAUAAAAUUAUUAAAUAUGCAAAUAUUAAUAAUAAUAAUAACUCACUUGCAAUUGAAGUCGGUCCAGGGCCUGGAUUAUUAACUAGAUCAAUCUUAGAAACUGGUGUAUCAAAUGUUAUUGCCAUAGAAAAAGACAGUAGAUUUUUACCUUUUCUUAUGCAAUUAGUAGAAGCAUCAGAUAAUAAAUUAAAAUUAUUAGUUCAAUGGAUUAAAAUGAUUUCAAAUAAAUCUGGGAUAUUUAAAAUACCACACAUUUCAAUGACUUUAAUGUUUCAAAAAGAAGUUGGAAAUAGAAUAGUUGCAGAUGUUAAAACUAAACAAAGGGGUAGACUAUCUGUUUUAGUGCAAAGUUUAUGUGAUGCUAAAUUAAUUUAUAAUUUAUCUUCUUCAGUUGAUGCUUCAGUGAUUCAACUUAAUUUAUUAUCAAACCCAGUUUUAAAUGGAAAUAUAUUAAGAACUUUACAAAAAAACCUUCCAGAUGAUAAACAAAUUUUCAUUGAAAAUAUCAUUGAAGAAUUAAAAUUGAAUUUAAAUCUAAGAGCUGAAGAACUAUCAACUCAAGAAUUUUGUGAUUUGUCUAAAAAAUUUUAUGAAAAUUCAAUAAACAUACCUGAUUUUUGA